AUGGCAAUGAAAGGGAGACCUAUGCUGCUAGUGGUGGUGUAUUUUCAUGGUAGUGGCUUCUUUAUCUUUUCCGCUGCCAAACAUUUCUUUGAUGAUUUUUGCUGGCAGUUGGCUAAACACUAGCAGGUGGUGGUGGUGUAAGUGGAGUACAGGCUGGCACCUGAGCACAAUCAUCCUUGUGACCGUGAGAGUGGCCGGCAAAUGCUAGCUGCAUGCAAAUGCUUUUCGUCAACUGCAAAACAACAACAUGCCUCCACGUCAGCCCAAUGGUGGGUCCCAAAACAUGUCUUAUCGCAUCAUGAGAGGGCAUAUGAUUUUGGAACCACAUCAUGUCAUGGCAUGCCAUUUUGGAGCCAGAAUAGCUACAGCCCUUACGACGACUGCUUUGCGGCACUAAUGUGGCUUAAGAGCUACGCUGGGAGAGGUUUUCUGCCCUACAAUGCUGAUGUGUCAUGUUGUUUUCUGAUGGGAGACAACACGGGAGGAAACAUUGUGCACCAGGUGGGAUGCCGCGUGGCAGAAAACAAGGAUGAUUUUUGCCUCGUCAGAAUUGUGGGGCAUGUGCUGAUGCAACCCUUUUUUGGCGGCGGACAAAGAACACUUUUGGAGAAAAAUGUAAGGAAUGCGAUGCCGCCAUGUUUGGUGGUGAUUGGUGGGAUGGAUAUCCUUCGCGAUCGACAGUUGCAAUAUAUGGAGUAUUUGAAGAAGAUGAAGAAAGAGAUGGAGCUUCUAUUCUAUGAAACCGCUUUUCAUGGCUUUUUCACGAUGCCCUAUCCUUUGUCUUCUCAGUUCCUGGAUGACAUCUCGAGUUUUAUAGAUAGAUUAUAAGGGUUCAUGAGAGAAUUAGGGGUUGGUAGUUUAAUAGUAGAAUAUUUUAGUAUGUGUAAGAUGGUCUAGAU